UUGGUGACAAUCGUUUUGUUGUGUUUUCUUUUCUUCUAAAAAAAGUUAGCAACGGUAGUGCAAAAAUUUGGAAAAGAAAAACUUAAUUUCACUUUCACUGCACUAAACAACUAUUUUCGUUUUAAAGAAGAGUCGAAAAAGCGCCAAUUGGACGAAGUGGAGAGUUCAUAAUAAGAACCGUUUGGUAGGCGUGGGGUCGUAUAAUCGUAAUACUCAAACGGCUAAUAAUAAUUCCUUCAAUAAAUGCGAGUUCGAUGUAAUGUGUCGCAAAUAACUAGUAAAAAGUGGAAAAGAGGAAUUGUUGAAAUAAUAAAAAAAUGUCAGUGAGUGAUUGAGUGCAUGAUUAGAAGAAAUAGCCAGCAACAGGCAAUAGGUGAGGUGCGGGUGUAUAAAGUGUACGUGCUUCUAGCUGGUGCAAUAGACAGAUAAAAGUGGUUUCUUGACUAAGUAAGCGUACGCAGUGUACUACUGCGGCAACGAAAAUUCCCACGGCUGUAAUAACCUCACCAAAGUGUCCACACAAAGUGCAACGCGAAAAAAUUCAAGUGUUGUCCACUAGAUGAACGACGCACUGCAUGUGCAAGUGCAAAGAUUAGCUAGCAAACUACAGCGCUUCUCCUCCACCAACGCACAACCUUCACACCCAUCCAGUUCAUGCCAGCCACAAUGGGAAAUUAUGACAGCGACGGUAAGAAAUCUACACCUUGUGCCAGCUGUAUGGCGGCGCUCAAGUGGAUACCAGUGAUAUUCAUCUCCGCAGUCAUUGCGUGGUCAUAUUACGCCUAUGUGGUGCAACUUUGUUUACUAUCCAUUGACAACACCUUUGAGAAAAUUGUUUUCCUGAUUUUCUACCACAUAAUAUGUGUGCUGUUUUUCUGGUCCUAUUGGAAUACCAUCUUCACACCAGUGGGUACAGUGCCAUCAAAUUGGCGUAUUCCUGAAGCAGAGAUUGAACACAUUUUCCAUGCGGACACUCAGGAUCAGCAAAAGCGUAUUUUAGAAAACUUUGGCAAAACGCUGCCGGUAACAAAUCGCACUUUGAAUGGUUCGGUGCGUUUUUGUGAAAAAUGCAAAAUAAUCAAACCAGAUCGCGCCCACCACUGCAGUGUCUGCGGCAGCUGUGUACUCAAAAUGGAUCAUCAUUGUCCGUGGGUGAACAAUUGCGUCAACUUUACGAACUACAAAUUUUUUGUACUCUUUCUGGGUUAUGCGUUACUUUACUGUCUGUACGUGGCCUUAACAUCGUUGGAAUACUUCAUACGAUUUUGGCGGUCGGAACUUUCACAACAGGGCGAUUUGAAUGGUGGCAUGGGACGUUUUCACAUUUUGUUCCUGUUCUUUGUGUCGCUGAUGUUUGCCAUAAGUUUGGUCAGCCUGUUUGGCUAUCACAUCUACUUGACGCUCAUGAAUCGCACGACGUUAGAGGCUUUCCGCGCGCCAAUUUUCCGCAUAGGUGGUCCAGAUAAGAAUGGCUAUAAUUUAGGCAAGUAUGCCAAUUUCCAAGAAGUGUUCGGCGACAACUGGAGACUGUGGUUCUUGCCAGUCUACUCGAGUGUCGGCGAUGGAUUGACGUACACAACGCAAAAGCAGCAUCAGAUGCAAUCGUACGACUCCAUGGGCGAUACCACACAACAAUCCAGCCAACAUCAUCAACUCAUACGCAGAGACUAUGGAAUGCCGCCGAAUGCCGCUGGCGGGACUAUAGGCCCAAUAUCUGCUGCUACCGCUGCAACGAAUGGCGCUGAGCCUAACGGGCUGGUGGACAUAAUAUCAGUUAAGCCAGCGCCAGUGGAAAUGACAGCGAGUAACGCAGCCGCAGCAGCGAACGACGGCGACAGCACCGUUAUAGUCAUGCCAGUUUUGGACACUGCCAACGGGAAUGUGAUCAUUAAUAUGAAAAAUAUGGAAACAUGUAACGACGACGAACAGCAGGAAUGCGCGGUUGCAAACGCUUAGAAGAAAAUUGCUGAGAGAAAUCCAACAAUGCCGUAGAGUGCAUUUAUAUUAUACUUUACCUAUUUGUAGCUACUAGAACGCGAAGUAAUGGGGCACACUGUGCGGCGAAAAUUAUCAUUAGCAUAAGCGUAUGAAGAGCAGAUUCCUUAAAUAUCUCAUAGUAUAUGCCAGGGAAUUGAAAUAUCCAUAUCGAUUUCAGCAGUCAAUUGCAAUACCGGUCUUAGGCCUUAUUUUUUAAGCAAACCGAUUUCGAGUUAAUAUCAAAAUUUAUACAUUAACGAUGCGCAAAUCAAUAGAAUCCUCCAAAUUUUAUGCUGUAGGUUGGCAACCAAGAUUUGAAAGCGUUUAAGCGCACAAUGACUGAAAUGGUAGCAAACAACUUAUCAGCAGUGGCAGCAUUCUGAUAUUCGCCAACAUUUAACUCUUAGAGUACGAAGUCUAUUUUAUAGCAUAAAGGACGGAGUGGGUUAACUUGGGUCCCCCAAACGAAAAAUUUACCUUAUAAUUAUAAAUAAAUUAAUAAUAGAAUGCCACUAAUAAGUUUUUAUACAGGAUUGAAAAUAAAACUCUACUAACUAAAGGGCGAAAAAAAGAAAGAAAUUAUUUACGAUAUUACUAAGGGUUAAACAACGUCACUGACGGUUACUUGAUGUGAAUUGGGCAACUACUAUAGCUCACUUCCGCGUGAAAUUUUCUGGCAACUGCAAUGAAAUGCCUUCAAAAGUGUACUCGAAUAGCCAUUAAAAUUUCUGGCAACUGCAGUGAAAUGUACUUCCGAGUGCAGAAAAUUAUGAAAUGCACUUCCGAGUGCAGAAAAUUUCACGCGGGCGUGCAUUUCUUUGCAGUUCCCAUAAAAUUUCACACGGAAGUAAAUCACAAAACCUGCCCGAACAUCUGAAUUUUCGACAAAAAAAAAAAACUACAUUCACAUCAGUAGCUUCCGCUUUUAGUCAAAAAAUAUAGAAAAAUAUUUUAAAUACUUUAAUGCUACUUUUAUGACAUUAGAUUUUAGAGCUGAAGCAGUGAAUGCCUAAUAAUUUAGUUAUUGCAUUCAAAUUAAGAAAAGUAUAAAGGCAAGAGCUAAAAUUCCCCUCCGUUACGCUAAAAAUUUGUGGUUAGGAAAUUUCACCACAAAGAAAAAAAAUUUAUAAUUUUUCCUAGAGUGAUUUUGAAGAGUUCUAUUGGUUUUUUGUUGUGUGUAGAAAUUUGCUAACUGUGAUUUAUUAGAGUAACGCGCCGAGAACGUGUAAACAAAGAACUAAACAUAACCUCACCUCAAUACCAGCGCCGCCGCAAUGGGUCUGUUCCGUUUGUUGCAGCAACAUAUUUGACUGACUUCUUUGUACUCUACUACACCUCAGAUUAAGGGCAGCAUGAAAAUUCGAUUCAUAUUCCAUGCGAAUGCGUAAAUGAGGUGUGAAAGCAAAAUUUAUAAAAUUUAUUUGCCCGUCCACCCGGCUAAGAAUGUUUAAGUGUUCCAAAUGUGUGAUGCGCCUAAAAGAUGCAAGGCAAGAAAUAAAUUCUUUGUGGCUUAUGACCGAAUUGAUUACUUAUUGUGCUGU